AUAUUUCUUAGAUGAAGAGGAGAGAAAUGGAUCACUGCAGAUCAGUUGUGCGUUCGGCGAUCCCGGAUCUACCGCCGGUUUUGCUGCCAGAAGGAGAGCUUCAGUCUCAUCUUGAAGGAAACUAGGAUCUUCUACUUGUCUCACCUACGAAAGAGCCGGAUAACUGUAGGAAUCGGACGACAACGCUGCUGUGGAGGCUUCAUUUUCCUUUACUGCCGCAUCGCGAGAUUUUGUGGUAAUAAUGGCAGCAGUCAUUAAGAAGUUCUUUAUUGCAUCGAUGUUCAUGUGGAUGCUUCCUGUUGUGAUUUUAUAUGGUUUUAACCAUAACAUGCUUCCUGGUUCAGACAGCUUAUCUCCUCAUUCUCUGACACUGUUGAGCGGAUUUCUUGCUGUAAUAUCAGUGAAUAUUGUGAUUGCAUUCUACAUUUGCAUGGCGAUGAAAGAACCUUCAGACAAACAUGAGCCGGAUCCUGCAUUCCUUGCAGAGGCAAAAGCCAGCAUAAACCAAUCUGCUGCAGGUGAAGCUAAUCAAGCCCUCAAGAAACAAGAGUAGACUUCCAAAUUCCGAAAAUUUCGAAUUAGAUGAAGUCUUUAUUUUAUCACAGAAUACGUUCUUAUGUGUUGCCAUAUUUUGUUUAUGUUUUAAUUUAGCCGAAAUUUGAUGUUGAUGUCAAGUGCACCAAUUUUUUCCCAAGGUGUAAUCUGUCUUCUCUGUUCAUACGAGCUGAAACAAAUUGGAAAUGGCUGCUAAUGGCCUAUAAUUUUUGUUAAUAUUGAUAAUAUUAUUUUUUGUGUGACCA